AUGAAAGGAGUCGUAGGUUUCGGUAAGAAGGGAAAGUUAAGUCCCCGAUACGUAGGACCCUACGAGAUAAUCGAAAGAGUCGGUCCAGUAGCUUACAGAUUGAAUCUGCCAACAAAGAUGCAGGGAAUACAUAAUGUGUUUCAUGUGUCAACUUUGAAGAAGAGUUUCGGAGAAAAACGGCCAAUAGUUAUGAAGCCCGAUGAGAUUCAGCUUCAACCUAACUUGUCUUUUACAGAAUGGCCAAUACAGAUCGUGGAUCGUAAGGAACAAGAGUUAAGGAAUCAAAAGAUACCUCUAGUAAAAGUGCUUUGGAAUAACCCAGAAUUUGAAGCAGCAACUUGA